UCAAAUGAAGAAGACAUGAUUCAAGAUUAUUUUAUUAUAGAACGUGUCAUUGGCUUUGGCUGUUUAUUAGAACAUAUUAUUUAUCAAAGCUUUGGGCAAAUUAUGGCUAUUUGCUCUUGACAGACUGGACAUAUUUCAAUCAUUUUCAAUACUUCUGCUGCAGCUUGGAGCUGUUUUUAAGAUAGAUCAUUUAAAAUCUGAAACACACUCAUUACACGCGGCUGGUAUGACAAUGCGUUGCUCUUAUUUAUGCAAUACAAAAGGAAACUCUAUGAGUGAGUUUCAAAAACUAGAAGUAAAGUGUCGCAAUUCCCCUCAUCAACUGGACUGGACAUACACUGAGGUAAAUCUUGUUGUUCAUGUACAAGACUUGCAUAGUCAUUUGUCAGAUUUACUCGCAAAGCUGGCCUUGCUGACCUUGAAGAAUUUUGUCCCCAAUCUUUAUGUUUUUUUUUGUUUUUUUUAAAUUAUGGUCACUGUGUUUCAAAGAAAAAUGUCAUUAAACUGACUCUUUGUCUAUCAAGAAUACAUCACAUCACCAACAUCAUUUGAUGAGAAGAGGUUAAAAGUAUGUCACUCCAACUGUAAGAAAAACAUUGCGACAAAUAAAGGAAGCAGAAAAGUCAAUUUUUGUGUAAAAUAAAGUUGUUGUUUUUUCUUCUUUCUAAAAUCGACAGUCCAGCACAGAAUGCUACUAAACUAAGAACAUGCAGAAUAAGUCAGUUUCUCGAAACAUGCUUCACUAAUUUCAAAAAGAUCUGGGGUAUUUAGUUCAUUUGCUCGGUCAAUUCAAGCCCCUCCGAAUUUUUUGGGAGGAAAAGAAACCUUCCCUCCUCCCCAUCCCCCCUCCGCGCCCUCCUCGUGCUACUGUGGGCGCAUCCAUCUCCAAAGUUUACCCAACAAGCAGGUGGAAGGGGGCACGGCGCACUGAGGGAUCCAUUCUUGCAGCCUUCUCUCUGUUUGGCCCCUCAGCUGCCCUCUCUGCUCGCCCCCUCCCCUGGAUUAUUUGUCCCCGACGGGCCGGGCGAAGGGCGCAAAAGAAGCUGCGAAUUGCAGCUGUGACGUGGGCGUCGUUGUUCCAUUCACCGCGUUCGCCAUGGCAACGGGGCAGAAGCUGGAAGCACGCGGUCCCUCUCACACACUUUCUCUCUCCCUCUCUCGCUCUCUCUCGCUCUCCUUGGACGGCGUCCUGAGGGCAGAGAGGCAGCUGGGAGUUCCUCCAAAUGAUCUCUGCAAUAUAUCUAAGAAGAAUUUGGUUUCCACUCCCUUCCUGUUUUGGUUUUGAACAAAUAUGUGCAUAAUUGGAAGGUUUACAACUUUUACGCGUCAUUUUUGCGCGUGAAACCAAUACAUGUGACCUACUGACCCAGAUCAAGAGACAUUAAAAGUAACAAGACGUUUUCUUUUUUUUUUUCUUUUCUUAAGUCUGAACAUGUUCUGUAUUUUCCGUGUUUGAACUCGGCUGCCACAUCUCUCCUUCCACUUUGUUCACCAACAUGCUGCAGGACUGCUCGCAUUGUUGGCCAGACUGAUUGGGGUUUCAGCACAAUCUCCCGUGACCAAUGAGCGGGGUGCUGUCAGGGGUAACCACAUCUGUCAGGCGUUCUCGGCCAAUAAAGAGCGGAGCGAGGCGGACCACAGGUGCGCGCCUCUGCGUCCCCUUGGCACAGCGCCCGGGAGAUGCUGGAGAGAGACGCCUAUAGCUGCCCCGUGGCGCAAAGAGAGUUCCUGUCAGAGGCAGCCUCCCUCUUUAACUCCGGCUACCACUCUGGCUCCGAGAGAGUUUAUGGCGACCGCAGCGUCAAACCACUACAGCGUCCUCAGCACCCCCAGCAGCGCGCCGCCGCCGCCGCCGCACUCGGAGUCCGGGAGCAUGCAGCAGGCGGCAGCGUACAGGGACGCGCACACCCUGCUCCAGAACGACUACGGCACGCUACCGGGCGGUGGGCAUCCGCUCAGCCACGCGCACCAGUGGAUAACGGCGCUCUCUCACGGUGACAGCGGGGCGCCGUGGCCGUCCAGUCCCCUCCGAGAACAGGACGUGAAGCCCAUACUGCAUGACAGUGACCGAGAGGAGCUGCAGAACUCCAGCAGCCUGCAACAGCAGCAGCAGCAGCAGCAACAGCGACACCCUCACCUAGCGCACCAGCAGGCGCAUCACGACGCCAGAGCAUGGCGAACCAGCACGGCCACGACGCACAUCACCGGCAUGGCGACAUCUGAGGGACAGAGCCUGGUGUACUCCCAAUCCGGCUUCGCUCUGAUGCCAGGGGGAGAGCAGGGGGGGAUGCACCACCACCCUCUGCGGGACGAGGACCACCACAGCCACAGCCCGCACCUCAGUGAGCACGGGGGCGGCCCCGGGGCCCACCACCACCAGCACCAGCAGCACGGGGGCCACCAGGACCAGUCGGACGAGGACACGCCGACCUCGGAUGAGCUGGAGCAGUUCGCCAAGCAGUUCAAGCAGCGGCGGAUCAAGCUGGGCUUCACGCAGGCGGACGUUGGGCUGGCCCUGGGGACGCUCUACGGGAACGUGUUCUCUCAGACCACCAUCUGCAGGUUCGAGGCGCUGCAGCUCAGCUUCAAGAACAUGUGCAAACUCAAGCCGCUGCUGAACAAGUGGCUGGAGGAGGCGGACUCCACGUCGGGGAGUCCCACCAGCCUAGAUAAGAUCGCGGCGCAGGGGAGGAAAAGGAAAAAGCGGACCUCCAUCGAGGUGGGCGUCAAGGGCGCUCUGGAGAGCCAUUUUCUGAAAUGCCCCAAGCCGGGAGCGGCGGAGAUCAACUCCCUGGCGGACAGCCUGCAGCUGGAGAAGGAGGUGGUGAGGGUCUGGUUCUGUAACCGGCGGCAGAAGGAGAAGAGGAUGACCCCCGCUGGGGGACAGAUAUCAGGAGGGGAGGACAUGUACGGGGACACCCCUCCUCACCACGGAGGACAGACUCCUGUGCAGUGACCCCUGUCCAGUAUCUCUUUUUUUAUUUUUUUUUUUUUUUUACUAUUAUUAUUAUUAUUUUCGGGGGAAAAACACGAACCCCUGCAGGAGGAAGCUUCUUAUUUGUUGAAAUUCUCAAUGCUGGAACUGGACCUCAGCCAGUUUUAAGUGUUGGACGGACGCAGGGAUGCAGAGUGGCACCCCGGUGCUAAAAAAAAACACUCAGAGCAGAGAUGUGUAGAAUGGCUUCAUGCCAGGCACAUUGAGCUGGGGUGUGCUAACCAAAAUAGGGAAGAAGAGAGGAAGAAAAAAAAAAGAUGGGGGCAGAAAGCAGCGACAUUUUCUGCAUCAGUCUUAAAGAAAGGCAGGAGGAGGAAAACUAUAGGAGCCGGCUGCAGUCGGUGUGGGUAAAUAAACGCCAUCUUUCCAUCAUAACAAAAGCGACAGGGAUCCUGCAGCUUGUGGUAAAAGACAGGGCUGAAAUGGCAGACAAAUGCUGUAGCCCACAAUACCAGCCAACCGUUUAUUAUUAUUAUUAUUAUUAUUAUUAUUAUUAUUAUUAUUAUUAUUAUUAUUAUUAUUAUUAUUAUUAUUAUUUAUGUUCUUAAUUACAAUGUCUCGUUAAAAU